AUGAGUGGUUAUGUUGGUGAUCUUUCUAUAGAACAACAAAGACAAUUGGAUAUUAUAAAUAAUAAAGUUAAAGAAUUAAAAGAUCCAGUUUUACAAAAUGAAAUAAAUAACCUUGAUGAUUCAAUGGUUUUAAGAUUUUUAAGAGCAAGAAAAUGGAACGAAAAAGAUUCAUUCGAAAUGUUACAUGAAGCCUUAAAAUUUAGAGCAACAUUCCAAAAUAUUGGUGUCAAUGGUAUCAAACCAGAUAUGGUAGAAAACGAAUUAAAAUCAGGUAAAUCAUAUUUUCACGGUAUUGAUAAAGGUGGCAGACCAGUUUGUGUUGUUAAAACCAGCAAGCACGACAGCUAUAAUAGAGAUCUCGACGAAUCAAUGAGAUACUGUGUAUUUGUAAUGGAAAAUGGUAAACAAAUGUUAAAACCAGGUAUUGAAACAUGCACCCUUAUCUUUGAUAUGUCCGAUUUCUCUUCAAAAAAUAUGGAUUAUCCAUUAGUCAAAUUUAUGGUAGAACUCUUCCAAAAAUUCUAUCCAGAAUCUUUACAAAAAUGUUUAAUACUAAAUGCUCCUUGGAUUUUCAUGGGUAUCUGGCACAUCAUCAAACAUUGGUUAGACCCAAACACUGCCUCAAAAGUUUCAUUUGUCAAAACUAAACAAUUAGCCGAUUAUAUCCCAAAAGAUCAAUUAGAGAAAAAUUAUGGCGGUACAAGUGACUUUGUUUAUACUUAUAAAACUCCAGUAGUAGACGAUUCAAAACAAGUUGAAAAUUAA